UGCCGGUGCUGUUAAAAUAUGAUAAAACCAAAACCUUUGACUUUGUUAAAACAACUAUUCCCCUAUCUAUAUAAUUAAGGCUAACCCUCGAGACCAAAACCUUCUCCAAACCAAAAAAAAAAGCUUUAAAGUUCUUCUUUUGGGAUUCGAAGAUGAGAUGUUCAUGGCCGACACGCUUCACCUUCUUGAUGGUCCGCACAGUCGUCAUCGCCAUGGUUGCCGUAGCUUAUGGAUACUCCUCUGUUUCAUCAUCAAACCAUAAGUUUCCUCAUUACAAGUAUAAAGCCCCACUUCCUCCAACGACUUAUUCUCCUUACCGUUACUUCUCCCCGCCUCCACCUCCUCCGGUUACAGAUUCGGAUUCUGCAGCUUAUGCUCGAUGAACGCAGCGUAGUACGUUAAUUCUUGGGUUUUUUCUUUUUCCUCAUAUGUUUGCUAUUCUAUUUUUUUUUCCUUUUUGAUUUUGAUGUGUAACAAAAUUAAUUAAUGGCUAGUUUUCUAAA